ACGUUCGACUAAUCGGUAGAAAUGUUAUCCAUUUUGUGCUGCAGUUGCUAAAAAAUUGUGAAAAAUGAAAAUCUUAUCGAUUUUAUUGUAGAAAAUCUAAUAAAAUUUAUAAUUUUCAUUGGAAAACGGGCGAGGCCGUGUUUAACUGCAAAAAGUGCAAAGAAAAAGUGUUUUCGCAGUGUGGUUGGGGAAAGUUCGCAUACAAAAGGGUAGACAACGAAAGAAAGUCAUAAAAAGGCAAGUGAAGGAUUGUGUUUCUCUGGUUGGAAAGUGGCUGCAGUCACGGAUACAAAGAAAAAGGUGUGGAGCAGUAAGCAUUCUGGAUCUACAUACUGCGUUGAUUGCCACAGGAACGACAUUGUAUAUAACAACAUACGGACGACUGCAUAUUGUCUAAAGUAAUAAUUUAGCAUCACAAUCAUUGCAAUUGUAUUCGUACUUUAGACGCACCUAGGCACUGCAGUCAUUCCAAAAUGUCGAGUCGCAGUCGCGCAAUACUCAAUGUAAACCUCGAUGCGGCAAUGGCCAAUGAUCCAUUGCGAGAGCUUUUCGAAGCAUGUAAGACGGGUGACAUUGCAAAGGUAAAGAAGCUCAUUACAACACAAACUGUGAAUGCGCGCGACACCGCUGGACGAAAGUCGACACCUCUUCACUUUGCAGCAGGCUAUGGUCGCCGCGAGGUAGUCGAGUUUCUACUGAAUAGUGGCGCUUCCAUACAAGCAUGUGACGAGGGUGGUCUACAUCCGCUACAUAAUGCCUGCUCAUUUGGGCAUGCUGAGGUCGUACGAUUACUGCUAAAGGCUGGCGCAAGUCCCAAUACAACAGACAAUUGGAAUUACACACCGCUGCACGAGGCGGCCAGCAAAGGCAAAGUGGACGUUUGCAUAGCAUUGCUGCAGCAUGGUGCCAAUCCGAAUAUACGCAAUUCAGAGCAGAAGACGCCACUGGAAUUGGCCGACGAUAAUACACGACCUGUACUCACUGGCGAGUAUCGCAAGGAUGAGCUAUUGGAAGCGUCACGCUCUGGUGCAGAAGAUCGCUUACUGGCAUUGCUCACACCAUUGAAUGUGAAUUGUCAUGCCAGUGAUGGUAGACGCUCGACACCGCUACACUUGGCGGCUGGUUAUAAUCGCAUCGGUAUUGUGGAGAUUCUAUCGGCGAAUGGUGCGGACGUGCACGCCAAGGACAAGGGUGGUUUAGUGCCGCUGCACAACGCCUGCUCGUAUGGACACUUUGAGGUGACCAAGCUGCUGAUCAAAGCGGGUGCCAAUGUAAAUGCGAACGAUUUAUGGGCGUUUACGCCAUUGCAUGAGGCAGCAUCGAAAAGCCGUAUCGAGGUAUGCAGUUUGUUGCUGAGCAAAGGCGCCGACCCGACGCUGCUCAAUUGCCACAAUAAGUCGGCAAUCGAUUCGGCGCCAACACGAGAAUUACGUGAACGCAUUACGUAUGAAUUCAAAGGGCAUUGUGUGCUGGACGCAUGCAAAAAGGGUGACAUAGCGCGCCUCAAAAAAUUCCUCUCCUCCGAAACUGUCAACUUUGUGCAUCCAUAUACGGGCGACACACCGCUACACGCCGCCGCCAUUUCAAUUGAUCCCAAACGCAAGCAGAUAACAGAAAUACUUAUACGCAAAGGUGCGUUGUUGAACGAGAAGAACAAGGCCUUCCUCACACCUCUACAUCUGACAGCCGAGCACUUGCUUUACGAUGUGAUGGACACGCUUCUGAAGAAUGGCGCCAAAGUGAAUGCGUUGGAUGGUCUGGGUCAGACCGCAUUGCACAAGUGCGCCAGGGAUGAACAGGCCGUGCGUCUAUUGCUUUCGUAUUCCGUAGAUGCAACUAUCAUUUCGCUGGAGGGCUACACUGCAGCACAGCUAGCCUCCGACGCUGUGUUGAAGAUACUUAAGGAUCCGCCAGAUACGGAAACACAUCUAUUGGAAGCCGCUAAAGCGGGCGAUUUGGACACGGUGCGUCGCAUUGUGCUCGCCAAUCCGCAUACAGUGAAUUGCCGCGACCUGGAUGGACGUCACUCCACGCCGCUGCACUUCGCCGCCGGCUUCAAUCGUGUGCCAGUCGUAGAAUUUUUGUUGGAGCACGGCGCAGAAGUGCAUGCCGCCGACAAGGGUGGACUAGUUCCACUACACAACGCUUGUUCGUACGGCCAUUACGAGGUCACGGAGUUGCUGGUGAAGCAUGGCGCGAAUGUGAACGUGUCCGAUUUGUGGAAAUUUACACCGCUGCAUGAGGCGGCGGCCAAAGGCAAAUAUGACAUUGUGAAAUUGUUGUUGAAACAUGGCGCCGAUCCGUCGAAGAAGAAUCGCGAUGGUGCCACGCCAGCUGAUUUGGUUAAAGAGUCCGAUCAUGACGUAGCGGAGCUGUUGCGUGGCAACUCAGCGCUGCUGGAUGCCGCUAAGAAGGGUAACUUGGCGCGCGUACAACGCCUUGUUACACCGGAGACGAUCAACUGUCGUGACGCACAAGGACGCAAUUCCACACCACUGCAUCUGGCGGCUGGCUACAAUAACUACGAAGUCGCUGAGUAUCUGUUGGAUAAUGGCGCCGAUGUCAAUGCACAAGACAAAGGCGGCUUGAUACCGCUGCAUAAUGCCUCCUCCUACGGGCAUCUGGACAUAGCGGCGCUCUUAAUUAAACACAAGACUGUGGUGAAUGCCACCGAUAAGUGGGGCUUUACGCCGCUGCAUGAGGCCGCGCAAAAGGGCCGCACACAAUUGUGCGCGCUGCUGCUUGCACACGGCGCAGAUCCAUACAUGAAGAAUCAGGAGGGCCAAACACCAAUCGAGUUGGCGACUGCGGAUGAUGUGAAAUGCCUAUUGCAGGAUGCAAUGACAACAUCCUUGGGCGACUCGACACUUAGCUCCUCGCAGCAAUCGCUGGUCAGCAAUUCACCUUCACCGGCACCAACUGCUGCUGCGGGCGCAGCAGCGAGUACAUCUGCAGCCGCCGCUGCCGCUACUUGCCUGACUGCCGCUGCGGCAGCCUGCAAUGUACUUUCACCAACUACUGAGACCGUAACACUGCCUUCUGGUGCCUCGAUGACGCUUAGUGUACCGGUGCCGUUGCCGCUGUCAACGCGCAUUAGUCCUGCGCAAGGCGCUGAAGCGAACUCUGGUGAUAUGACCAGCGGCGAAGAGGUGCCCGAUCCCGAUUCCAUUACCAAUGUGGCCAGCUUCUUGUGCAGCCAACAGUUGGAGCAUUUGAUAGAUCUCUUUGAGCGUGAACAAAUCACGUUGGAAAUACUAGCCGAAAUGAGUCAUGAGGAUUUGAAGCAAGUGGGCGUGUCUGCGUAUGGGUUUAGACAUAAAAUAUUGAAAGGUAUUGCGCAGCUGCGCGCCACCACAGGCAUUGGCAACAAUGUCAAUCCAGGUACUCUAUUAGUGGAUCUCUUGCCAGACGAUAAGGAAUUUGUCGCUGUUGAAGAAGAAAUGCAGGCUACCAUACGUGAGCAUAGAGACAAUGGCCAAGCGGGCGGCUACUUCACACGCUACAAUAUUAUACGCGUUCAAAAGGUACAGAAUCGCAAACUUUGGGAGCGUUACGCACAUCGUCGUCAUGAAGUGGCCGAGGAGAACUCCAUACAAGCCAAUGAGCGUAUGCUUUUCCACGGCAGUCCUUUCAUCAACGCAAUCGUGCAGAAGGGCUUCGAUGAGCGUCACGCCUAUAUUGGCGGAAUGUUUGGUGCGGGUAUUUAUUUUGCUGAGCACAGCUCGAAAAGCAAUCAAUAUGUGUAUGGCAUUGGUGGAGGGAUUGGUUGUCCAUCGCACAAGGACAAGUCUUGUUAUGUUUGCCCAAGACAACUGCUUCUGUGUCGCGUAGCACUGGGCAAAUCAUUCUUGCAGUACAGCGCAAUGAAAAUGGCACACGCACCGCCAGGACAUCAUUCGGUUAUUGGUCGACCAUCAGCCGGUGGGCUACAUUUCGCUGAAUAUGUAGUGUAUAGAGGAGAGCAGGCCUAUCCCGAGUACUUGAUUACUUAUCAAAUCGUUAAGCCUGAUGACAGCAGUAGCGGCAAUGAGGAAUCGAGAUGAUGGCCAUCAGUUGGUUCGACGCCCACCACUACUUCGCCUGCACAACAGCAACACCAACAUCCGCAGCUGCAACAGCAACAGCAACAACAACAGCAGCAGCAAUUGCAACAUCAGCAACCUCAACAGCAACAAAAACACCACAAUUCGAUAACAACAACAGCAACACAACACGCGCAUCCGCACACGCACCAGCACUCGCAUCCGAAAUUGCAACAGCAGCACUCACUGCCACUGCAACUGCAGUAUCAUCAUCACUCACAACAUCACCAGCUGGUGACCACCACACAGCCUUCACCGGCUGGCACGUUCAUCAGCCAGACGGCGGGUAUUAUCACAACCGUUGCCAACAGCGAUAUGCUGGGCCACAAUGGCGAUAUUUCUCCGCUCUCUUCCAGCAAUUCUUUCUCCUCAGUGGACACCAAUCAAACCCUACUUAACUCAAUUGCCAACCAAGCGCAACUGCAACACCAACAGUCGUCCUCAUCGCAUAUAUUGCCUCAGCUGCCACCGCCGCCCACAAGCAAUAACAGCAGUUCCAAUCGUCAUGGCACCAGCAAUCGCUCAUAUCGCACCAAGUAUAGCCAAUUCAUGAUAAUCACACCAGCGGUCUCCAUUGAUCGUGACUAUGAGCAUGAUGAAGCUUUUGGCAGUGGUGGAUCCGCUGCAGCUGCGUUAACUAACAAUUUCGACUUUGAUGAGGAUGCCUAUUGCAAUGACAACAACACCAAUGCCAAUGGCAACAACAGCAAUGCCAAUAAUGGCAACAUUUUUCGGAUGUCACUACUGCAAAAUAGCAGCAGCAUUGAUAGCGGACACAGCAGUGACAGCUCUUUCCGCUCCAACUACAAUCCCUAUCUACAUCACAGUCGCCAACAUUUGCUACCCAAAGGGGCGCCACAUUUCUACACGUUCUCCUCGUGGCGCUGGUGCACACUAAUUUGUGCUGCAAUGCGUUGCUUUGGUGGCGGACAUAGCUCACAUGCGCCGUACAGCACCAGCUUUGCGCGGCCACCAUAUCAGCGUUCGCGUAGCUCCGGCGCACAAACAACCCGUUCCUCGCAGCCACAUCGGCGUUUGCGCUCCUCUUCCUUUACUGCUGAGACGGCUUUCGAGCAUUUCUCGGCACCCUUUAAGGCGCGCAAAACGCGCGACCAUCUCAACAACAUCACCUACGAAUUGUGACGGUGGCAGCAGCGAUCACGACGACCCCAAUGCCAAUUCGAAUUUGAGCCCCGCAAUUGUGUGGUGAUGGCCAUUGCAGUUGUACUAGUGCUACAAACAAUUCGAGCGACUGCAACGCAGAAAGCUAUUAACGUGUUUUUUGAUCUCGUAUUCGUAUUUGUAUGCGCUUUGUUGAUCGGCAGCGCAACAUUAAAGCAGCCGUGUUGUUGCGAGAGUAGUGCCAGUGCCGACAGCACAGUGUCAUCGUAUUCCACUUUGAACGUUUAUUAUUAUUACUUAUUAUGAAAGAAAACAAAAAAACACAAAAACGAUAAGAAAAUCAAACAAAAAACUAUUACUCGUAUUAAAAUCUUACAUUUACUCCAUAUUUCUUGUACUUUUAACUUAUAGUCGUCGUCGUCGUCGUGUUAUAGAAGAUACUGAACAAGUAAAAAAUAUACAACAUAAAUAUAUGAUAUACAUAGAUAAGUGUGUACACUUUAGGGCAACGUUUUGAGGGAAUGAAGAAUGCAUAAAGACUAAGCGAGAGAAAUAUAGAGAAAAAGGAAAACAUUAAAAUAUCAGCAGCAACGGAAUGAAAAUCAAAGGCUAUUAAGACGGAGAUUCUCAUACGCCAACUUAAACCUGAUUGAAUGCAUUUGCUGAAGUAUGAAGCGAAGCUAGAUUUGUACUUCUUUAACAUUUAACAUUUUUUUUGUUUUUUUUAAAUUGCAUAUGACUCCCGUUUGGGGCAUUUGAAGAGUGAAUUUGUGCUCUCCGCGCAAUAUAUUUCACCAUUCGGCCAGAUCUCACCAUUAACAUUUUUUUUUUAAAUUGAAAAUGUCCGAAUUUGUUGUCGUUUUCUUGCUUCAUUCAGUGCAUUCAUGAAAAAAUUAAAAUCACUAAAGGAAAAAUGUCUAAAACUGCAAUCAGAGGUAUCUUAUGUCAGGCCAUAAUCAGUGGCCAUGGUAUAUAUGUACAUAUGUACAUUUGUCACAACCAAAACAUUAAUAUCUCAGUGGUGGUCAUAUAACUAGGGACGCGUUCAAAUUUUUUUUCUUUUUGUUUAAGCUCUCGACAACUGCCCAGUGAUUUUCAAUCGGGUUAAGAUCAGUACUUCGAGCGGGCCAAUCCAAACCACUUUCCUGCAGGAAACCAAGCUUUGAUGCUUCUAGCCGUAUGUCUUGGAUCGUUAUCCUGCAUAAAAAUGAAUGCAGCAGGCACAUUCUCGUCGGAAAAUUGCCUUCAAUUUGUUCAUCCAUAUAUCUUUGUACAGAUUUUGAUCCAUUCGCUCUGUUAUCCGACACAUACUUUUUUCACAUCCGAUCCAAAUAAGUUAGAUUUGGAUUCUUCGAUGUUAAUCUAAAAUUCUGAGGCUAUUCGGCAUGUUCCCGUGCAAAGUGAAUGCAACGUUUUAAAUUCCUGUUUGCGGAUUUUUGCUUGCAAUGCAUCCACCCAGUUCCCCAUCAAAUAAUCGGUGUCGAAUGCUAGGGUGUCUCUCGUCACUCGUAGUAUGGUAUUACGAUCUAUACCACACGUGUGUCACUUUUAUACUACAAAUCAUUGUAGUUGCUACGUAGCAAAGGCAAACUACAAUAUUGAUAUUGAAAUUUCUAUACUACAUGUGUGCACCAGGCAUAAUGGUCCUUGUGGAUAUGUUUUUGUAGUUUACCCUUUAUUGCUCAUGGAUUUGCGUGGAAGUCAGAAAAAGUUCAGCUUUGCUCGUUCUGCAAAUUAGUCUGUCUCGGCUUUGAUUUGCUUAUUGAAUGUCUUUAAUUAUGUGGCCACCACUGUAUGUAGGUCGUAACUUAAACAUACGCACAUACAUACAUGUAACCAGAGUAUAAUUAUGGCAUGCCAUUAAUCUGUCAUAACAUAAAUACAGAUACUUAUCAAAAUUAUGCAUAGCUAUAUGUCACACUGCAGACAUAUGCCAUCUUGCCAAUUGUACCACAUUUAGGAAAAACUAUUUUUGACAUCAAACAAUUCCGUUGCCUUCGCAAAACAAAAUUAAAUUAAAGUUGUGACGGUAUUCGUUCAUUGGACAACCUUGCUUUUAACAUGACCUUUACUACUUAUAGAAGCAUUGCAAGCUCAACUAAAGCCUCAAAAAUUGUGUUUCUCAACUUGAAAAAAGGAUAGUUCUCAAAUGUUAUCAACAGAAUUGUACAUUUUUCCAGGAAUUGACAUCCAGUACAGAGAGAAAUUGAUUAUCGAUUUGGUAAUUUCAUAAUUAAAAAUUCGUAAAAGAUUUGAGUUACGUAUGUUACUGUUUUUUUUAUUUUAUUUUAGAACUGCCGUCUCCGUGGCACUCUUUGGUCAGACAUCCAUCCAACUCGUUCCGAUAGCAUAGAUUUACCUUUUGACCAUUGUCAAGCAGUCAUUUUUUUCAUAUAUCUUGUUUUGCUAAUCAGUGAUUCAUUACUACUAGAGUAUAUAUGUAUGCUUGAAUGCCUCUGGUUGCAAUUUAGAACGGUGGGUCGUAUGAGAGAAAAUUUGUUUGAUUUUUUUUUUAUUUGAGAGCUAAACAAAA